AUGGCGUUUUCAUCAACAUCUUCCUACAACCACUCAAAGGCCAUGUACCCAGCACGCCCCCCAUCUUCACUUGGGGUCUCUUGGGGUUCUUCAGUCCAGAUAUCUGGGAUCAGUGGCAACAUGAAAAGCCACAGCUAUGGUGACGGUGUCAUGCUGGGUGAGGGCUACAGUGGCAUUCCUCGCACAAGUGAGAGGUUCGAGGAUGUUUACACUUCAGUGGCCAGACGACAAGAUCGGGGUCAUCGUGUGGAGACAGCCCUGGAACAUGAUAGGUACAGCCACAGACCACAGAACGAGAUCACUGGCAAGCAUCCAGCAUCAUCUAGAGCUGCUCAAGGAGCUGGUAGCUCUGGACGAUUUCAUGGGUUCGACAACCCAGCAUAUGUGUCCGAUGUUCACUCAGGGACUCUAGGGGAGAUAACUACCAGACCACCCUCAACCAGUCUGGACAUGCGCAGUGCCUGGCAGCGUCUCUACGGCAACAGCCUUGACCCAGCUGUCUCUAGUCAGAGGUCAACUCUAGAUUAUGCUCUAUACCCAGGCAGGACAAUAACCUUUGAGGAUGCUGCCAAGCAACACGAU